AUGCGGAUUCGUCUACAUCCUCGCAGGAGACUACAAGGUAAGCGACCCCUGGUUAAGCUGAAUAUUGUCUUGUUGUCUUUGUCUGCACACCGUGUCCAUUUCAUAAACGAGCCGGCUCAACGGCCCGACAACCUUCCAUCCGCCGCCGUUGCCGUCGCUGACGAGAACGCCUCCGUGGAGGAUCGAUGGUGUCAAUUGGUAGACACAGUUCAGUCAACGGCGUUGACCGUCCUCGGUCGCGCACGCCGCCAACAACAGCAAUGGUUCGACGACAACGACACGGUCAUUAGCAACCUACUCGCCGUGAAGAACCGCCUGCAAAAAGCCUACGUCGACCGCCCCAACAUCGACAACAGAGCUGCUUUCUACCGCAGUCGCCGCCUCCUAAAACAGCAGCUGCGCUAGAUACAGGACGUUUCGCAAGGCCGAGGCGAUCCAAGGAUAUGCUGACCACAACGAAUGAAAGAACUCCGCAAUCAAAGGUGUCUUCGGUCCGCCAACCACAGGUACCGCACUUCUUCUCAGCGCCGACGCCAGCACCCGUCUCAUUGAGACUUUCGAUGUGUACUCAACCUCGGAAGGGGACACGCAAAGGAGCAAGGAUCUCUUCUCCGCUGCCUGCGAGAACUUCGGUCUGGUCAUUAACACGGAGAAUACAGUAGUCAAACCUCAACCGCCACUCAACACAGCCCAAAUCAGCGUGAACGGAACUCAACUGCAAGUAAUUGACAAAUUCACGUAUUUGUGCAGUAUCCUCUUCCGCAGCACCAAAAUCGACGGCGAAGUGGCCCGCCGGAUUUCGAAGGCCAGUCAAGACUUCGACCGUCUUUAA